AUGAGAACAGGCGGCUCAGAUGAGCUGGUCUCGUCCAAAGCGUCGCGGGUAUUGGACUUGCAACCUAGCUGCGUGGAGUUUUGCCCAGCCUUCCCAUCUUUCUUUUUGGUUGGGACAUACAGCCUUCAAACGGAUGAUGACGCUAUUAUACACGACGACGCGGGUGUAGAAGAUGAGGACCCCCUGCCCGCAGAGCCAGCAAAAGCACAAAGCCGUGAUGGAAGUAUCAUAGUGUUUAGGGUCUCGGAUACCCAGGACUUGUGGGUCCAGUCUAAGCCACAGCCAUCGGCCAUCCUGGACCUGCACUUUAACCCCAAUGCCGGGAAACAUGACAUCUGCGGGGCAGUCUCGAGCACCGCGACUCUCGCAGUGUUCAGGUUAUCGCCAGGCGAAGCCCAGACGCAGCCUCUGAAGCACCUCAAGACCAUGGAUAUCUCGACUCUGUCUGGAGCCAAGGAACCGCCAACGCGUGUUUCCGAGGUUCUGUUUCUUUCCUUUUGCUGGCAUCCAACAAAAGCUGAGUUGGUUGGUAUAACGACGUCGACCGGCCAUGUGUACCUAGUCAACCUUGGAUCCUUCGAUGGAAACUGGAAGUUGCACUCCGACCCGGUCAUUACCCAUACUCUUGAGAGUUGGUGCGUAGCAAUUAGACCAUACCUUGACCCUGCAGAGAAGCCCCGGGAAUCCGGGACCGUCUUUACUGUGCUUUCCGGCGGAGACGACUCGGCUCUGCGGUUCCGGACAUGCACAUACGAUACAUCGUCUGGCAUGUCAGAUGACCUACUCCCUGCCACUAUGGUGAGGGGACAUGAGGCUGGAGUCACUGCGAUUCUGCCUCUGCCACCUACUAUUGAGGUGAGCAGCCCAGGGCUGGUUGUCACGGGAAGCUACGACGAGUAUAUUAGGCUCUUCUCGAUUACCUCUACCGAAGCCGCAUACGAUUCUCCAAGGCCCAAGUGUCUAGUCGAGAGUAGGCUAGGGGGAGGCGUGUGGCGAUUAAAGCUCAUCGACGUGGACGAGGAUGCAAGUCACGGUUAUUCAUGGCGAGUCAGGAUCCUUGUCUCCUGUAUGCAUGCUGGCGUACGGGUUGUCGAGCUCCUCAGAACUCCUAGUAGCGAGUAUGAGUUCGUCACGGUUGGUAGAUUUGAAGAGCAUCAGAGCAUGAACUAUGCAAGCGACUUCCAGCCAGGCUGGAAGGAUAGGUUGUUUGUUGUAUCAACUAGCUUCUAUGACAAACUGAUGUGCCUUUGGGAGUGCCGGAUGACUUGA